UAUGGUUUAUGAGGACAAAAUGUCAGGUUACUCACCAGCAUUACAAGGACAUUUGGUUUAUAAGGACAAUUCAGUGUCCUCGUAAUUCUGGGAACGAUUAUGUUGUUUUUUGACUCCAAAUAAUGCCCCCUAUUAAGUUUUUACAUAAAAAAAGACCUUAUAUACCACAAUGUGUAAGUGUAUGAAUUUGAAGCAUGUCCCCUUUAACCACAAUGCCAUUUUACAACAAUACAAUCUCGCGGGAAAUUUUACAACAAUUCGCGGGAAAUUAAAAAAAAUGACGUUUUGAAGUGUAUUAUUUACAGUUAAAUUGAUGAAUAAAUAUUAAAAAUACUAAUGUAAUAUUAACUGAUGACAUUUUAGAUUUCGCUGCAUAAUACAGCGUGUCUGCCAUAGCCUUACCUGAGGUCUAAUUGGUCAGUUUUGAAAACUCCGUUCGUCGGGCUGGACCAUUUUCUCCUACACAAGAUCUUUUAAAAUUAAAGAGUCAAAUUUAAAAAAGAAUAAAACUAUAAAUUAAAAGUGAUUACAGGUUGCGUGCUUUUUUCUUCAUUGUGAUUGACAACACUACCGACCAAUGAAAAUGCGGAGGAGGGUUGCUCUGGGAUGCCAAUCAUCUUUUCCCCGCGAAGAUAUGCAGACUGCGUCAGCGAAGUACGAAUGCUCACCAGAGAGAGCUGCAGAGGCAGGGGGCUUACCCCUCUUCAGGAUGCUGAAAGACACAUUCAUCUAGGAAGAGAUAAAGACACAGUUCUUUCCAAAUAUAUUGAUGAAACUAAAGGACGUGGUGUUUUUGCAAAAGAUUUCAUUGGGAAGGGAUCCUUCAUAAUCGAGUACCACGGAGCUCUGCAUGAAGAAAACGAGUUUAAUAAAAUCUCAAAUCCAUACACGUAUUAUUUUAAACAUAAUGGAAAAGAUUAUUGCAUCGAUGCAUCACAUGAUGAUGGUUCACUGGGUAGACUAGUAAAUGAUGACAAGAAACCUAAUGCGAAAAUGUUGAAAAUAGAGGUGAAUGGCAAUCCACACCUCUGUUUGUUCGCAAUUAAAAAUAUUUCUGAAGGCCAAGAGAUAACCUACGAUUAUGGAGGAGCUGACCUUCCUUGGCGUGUCAACAAAAGAACACAUUCAAAGGUAAUCAGGAUCAUUCUGUAAUCUCUGUUAAUAUGAGAUGCGCGUU